CACCUCCAUAUGACGGUCCAGGCCUUGCAGGAUGAACUGAGGAUACAGAGAGACCUGAACCAGCUGCUCCAGCAGGACCCUGCCAGCCAAGGUCGCGACCUGGCCCUGACCUCUGAACCCACGGAGGAGAACUACCGUCGGCUAUACGGGGACCACGAGCGUCAGGCCAAGGAGCUGUUCCUACUCAGGAAGACCCUGGAGGAGAUGGAGCUGAGGAUAGACACCCAGAAACAGACCCUGGGUGCCAGGGACGAGUCCAUCAAGAAACUACUGGAAAUGCUGCAGAGCAAAGGUGGGUUACUGUGCCACACACACACUGUGGCCAUAUUAGUAAUGUUUUUAUAUUAACACAUCUUCUAAAUAACCAUAUGAUUGUAUUAUAUUCCAGGGCCGUCGGCUAAGGCGUCAGAGGAAGACCAGGAGAGAACCAGGAGACUGGCUGAUGCUGAGAUGCACAGACACCAUCUAGAGUCCCUACUGGACCAGAGAGACAGGGAGACAACUGCUCUACGAGAGGUGAGGGACAGAGCGAGAUGAGAGGGAGGGAGGUAACACAUUGAGCUUUAGUUGGGUUACAAUACAAACUAUUAGGGAUUGAGUGGUGUGUAGUAGACAAUGUGUGAGGUGUAACGACCUUGUUCUCUUUAGGAGCUGCACCGUCGAUACGAGGGAACCCCAGAGUCCACAAAAACCAAGGCUCUACAGACCGUCAUCGACAUGAAGGUACCCAUCUCUGUGUGUGUGUGUCUGUAAGUGCAUGCGUGAGUGUAUUAUAGGGCUGACCCCAUUUAGUUGACUGGUCGAUUUGGUCAAUAGACUGUUGGUCGACCGAGAUUUAUUUUCUCGAACAGUAGACCCCCCCCCCCCCCCCCCCCCCCCCCCCCUCCCCCCACAAAAAAUAAUGGUGUACAAGAAACCUGCAUGAUUUGCGCCUGUCUAUGUGGACUAAUCCAUUGUCGAGGUCGUGGGGAUGGCACAGUCCAUCACUCUAAGACGUGCUACUGAACUUGCUUAUGCUUAGGCCUAUAUUGCGUAAGAACAAUGGUGCAACACUAAUAAAAAAUAUGAUUUAUUUAUAACAUGCGCUUUCUCCCGCGUUGCAAAGCAGUCACUGUCCGCGGUUCUGAAACACGCUGUUGAAUUGGCACCUUUUCCUAGACCAUGUUGCUAUGUGCAUAAUAGCAAAGUUAACCAGCAUAUUGGUGUUGAGAACAAUGCAGCGGAGGCAGUUAGGAGAUGAGAAAACAGCCCUUGCCUUAAUUGUCUAAGAAAAGUGAGGAGAGGAAACCCCAACUUAAUUAGGUCUAUUUUAAUUUUUUAUGUUUUUUAUUUAACCUUUAUUUAACCAGGUAAGCCAGUUGAGAACAAGUUCUCAUUUACAACUGUGACCUGGCCAAGAUAAAGCAAAGCAGUGCGAUAAAAACAACAACAACACAGAGUAACAUAUGGAAUAAACAAAACGUACAGUCAAUAACACAAUAGAAAAUCUAUAUACAGUGUGUGCAAAUGUAGUAAGUUAUGGAGGUAAGGCAAUAAAUAGGCCAUAGUGCAAAAUAAUUACAAUUAUAAUUUAGUAUUAACACUGGAGUGAUAGAUGUGCAGAAGAUGAUGUGCAAAUAGAGAUACUGGGGUGCAAAUGAGCAAAAUAAAUAACAAUGUAAAUAGCAAUAUGGGGAUGAGGUAGUUGGGUGGGCUAAUUUAAGAUGGGCUGUGUACAGGUGCAGUGAUCGGUAAGCUGCUCUGACAACUGAUGCUUAAAGAUAGUGAGGGCGAUAAGUGUCUCCAGCUUCAGAGAUUUUUGCAGUUCGUUCCAGUCAUUUGCAGCAGAGAACUGGAAGGUCUAUAAUCAAAAGCCUAACUGUUAAAUGUGCAUGGCUUUAUAAAUCAUCCAUGUACAGUGGAUUUGGAAACAAUUCAGACCCCUUGACUUUUUCCACAUUUUGUUAAGUUACAGCCUUAUUCUAAAAUUGAUUAAAUUGUUUUUUCCCCUCAUCAAUCUACACACAAUACCCCAUAAUGACAAAGCGAAAACAGGAAAUGUUUGUUAAUUUAUAAAAAUAAAUAAAUAUGAUAUCACAUUUACAUAAGGAUUCAGACCCUUUACUCAGUACUUUGUUGAAGCACCUUUGGCAGCAAUUACAGCCUUGAGUCUUCUUGGGUAUGACGCUACAAGCUUGGCACACCUGUAUUUGGGGAGUUUCUCCCGUUCUUCUCUGCAGAUCCUCUCAAGCCCUGUCAGGUUGGAUGGGGAGCGUCGUUGCACAGCUAUUUUUUUUUUUAAGGUCUCUCCAGGGAUGUUCGAUCGGGUUGAAGUCUGGGCUCUGGCUGGACCACUCAAGGACAUUCCGAGACUUAUCCCGAAGCCACUCCUGCUUUGUCAUGGCUUUGUGCUUAGGGUCGUUGUCCUGUUGGAAGGUGAACCUUCGCCCCAGUCUGAGGUCCUGAGCGCUCUGGAGCAGGUUUUCAUCAAGGAUCUCUCUGUACUUUGCUCCGUUCAUCUUUCACUCGAUCCUGACUAGUCUCCCAGUCCCUGCUGCUGAAAAAUAUCUCCAUAGCAUGAUGCUGCCACCACUAUGCUUCACUGUAGGGAUGGUGCCAGGUUUCCUCCAGACGUGACGCUUGGCAUUCAGGCCAAAGAGUUCAAUCUUGGUUUCAUCAGACCAGAGAAUCCUGUUUCUCAUCUUCUGAGAGUCCUUUAGGUGCCUUUUCGCAAACUCAAUGCGGGCUGUCAUGUGCCUUUUACUGAGGAGUGGCUUCCGUCUGGCCACUCUACCAUAAAGGCCUGAUUGUGGAGUGCUGCAGAGAUGGUUGUCCUUCUGGAAGGUUCUCUCAUCUCCACAGAGGAACUUUUGGAGCUCUGUCAGAGUGACCAUCGGGUUCUUGGUCACGUUACUGACCAAGGCCCUUCUCCCCCGAUUGCUCAGUUUGGCCGGGCAGCCAGCUCUAGGAAGAGUCUUGGUGGUUCAAAACCUCUUCCAUCUAAGAAUGAUGGUGGCCACUGUGUUCUUGGGGACCUUGAAUGCUGCAGCCAUUUUUUGGUACCCUUCCCCAGAGCUGUGCCUUGACACAAUACUGUCUCGGAGCUCUACGGACAAUUCCUUCGACCUCAUGGCUUGGUUUUCGCUCUGACAUGCACUGUCAACUGUGGGACCUUUUUAUAUAGACAGUUAUAUAUUUCUUAAAACCUGUUUUCGCUUUGUCAUUAUGGGGUAUUGUGUGUAGAUUGAAGGGAAAACAUUAAUUCAAUCCAUUUAAGAAUAAGGCUGUGACGUAACAAAAUGUGGGAAAAGUCAACGGGUCUGAAUACUUUCCGAAUGCACUGUAUAUCUACAGAAAUAAGACAGAUCCUGCUUCUGUUGCCUGUUUGAGUGUUUGUUUAAUAGUCUACUGAUUCCGUGAGCACCAAGCCUCACGCAACCACAUGUCGGAUAAACAAUUUCACAAAUUCGGCUGUUUUUAAUCUUUGCUAUGCUGUAAUAAAGGCUCUCUGGUAUUAUUUAUGUAUUUCGUAUUGUUCACACUUUCAAAUUGUCAGAAAUUAUAUUUAUUAUAAUAAUAACCCUCAUUUUUCUUGAUUUCCUUAUUGUUAUUAGUACUAUUAUUAUUAUCAUUAUAAUAAUAAGUAAUGUCAUUAUCAUCAGUAGGCUUAGUAUAGCAGCCUUGUAUAACCACCAUCGAGCUGUAGGCCUAAGAGCGCAUCCUGUUUAGUCUUAAUACCGUAACCUAUAUUUACAUUUACAUUUACAUUUACAUUUACAUUUAGCAUACGCUCUUAUCCAGAGCGACUUACAGUUAGCGCAUACAUUAUUUUAUCGAAUACAUAUUUGUUUUAUACUGGCCCCCCAUGGGAAACGAACCCGCAACCCUGGCGUUGCAAACGCCAUGCCCUAUCAACUGCUCUACAUCCCUGCCGGCCAUUCCCUCCCCUACCCUGGACGACGCUGGGCCAAUUGUGCGACGCCCAUGAGUCUCCCGGUCGCGGCCGGCUGCGACAGAGCCUGGAUUCGAACCAGGAUCUCUAGUAGCACAGUUAGCACUGCGAUGCAGUGCCUUAGACCACUGCGCUACUCAGGAGAUUUUCAACACUUACAGUGAGGGAAAAAAGUAUUUGAUCCCCUGCUGAUUUUGUACGUUUGCCCACUGACAAAGAAAUGAUCAGUCUAUAAUUUUAAUUGUAGGUUUAUUUGAACAGUGAGAGACAGAAUAACAACCCUAAAGAAAUCCAGAAAAACGCAUGUCAAAAAUGUUAUAAAUUGAUUUGCAUUUUAAUGAGGGAAAUAAGUAUUUGACCCCCUCUCAAUCAGAAAGAUUUCUGGCUCCCAGGUGUCUUUUUAUACAAGUAACGAGCUGAGAUUAGGAGCACACUCUUAAAGGGAGUGCUCCUAAUCUCAGCUUGUUACCUGUAUAAAAGACACCUGUCCACAGAAGCAAUCAAUCAAUCAGAUUCCAAACUCUCCACCAUGGCCAAGACCAAAGAGCUUUCCAAGGAUGUCACGGACAAGAUUGUAGACUUACACAAGGCUGGAAUGGGCUACAAGACCAUCGCCAAGCAGCUUGGUGAAAAGGUGACAACAGUUGGUGCGAUUAUUCGCAAAUGGAAGAAACACAAAAGACCUGUCAAUCUCCCUCGGCCUGGGGCUCCAUGCAAGAUCUCACCUCGUGGAGUUGCAAUGAUCAUGAGAACGGUGAGGAAUCAGCCCAGAACUACACAGGAGGAUCUUGUCAAUGAUCUCAAGGCAGCUGGGACCAUAGUCACCAAGAAAACAAUUGGUAACACACUACGCCCUGAAGGACUGAAAUACGGCAGCGCCCACAAGGUGCCCCUGCUCAAGAAAGCACAUAUACAGGCCCGUCUGAAGUAUGCCAAUGAACAUCUGAAUGAUUCAGAGGAGAACUGGGUGAAAGUGUUGUGGUCAGAUGAGACCAAAAUCGAGCUCUUUAGCAUCAACUCAACUCGCCGUGUUUGGAGGAGGAGGAAUGCUGCCUAUGACCCCAAGAACACCAUCCCCACCGUCAAACAUGGAGGUGGAAACAUUAUGCUUUGGGGGUGUUUUUCUGCUAAGGGGACAGGACAACUUCACCGCAUCAAAGGGACGAUGGAAGGGGCCAUGUACCUUCAAAUCUUGGGUGAGAACCUCCUUCCCUCAGCCAGGACAUUGAAAAUGGGUCGUGGAUGGGUAUUCCAGCAUGACAAUGACCCAAACCACACGGCCAAGACAACAAAGGAGUGGCUCAAGAAGAAGCACAUUAAGGUCCUGGAGUGGCCUAGCCAGUCUCCAGACCUUAAUCCCAUAGAAAAUCUGUGGAGGGAGCUGAAGGUUCGAGUUGCCAAACGUCAGGCUCGAAACCUUAAUGACUUGGAGAAGAUCUGCAAAGAGGAGUUGGACAAAAUCCCUCCUGAGAUGUGUGCAAACCUGGUGGCCAACUACAAGAAACGUCUGACCUCUGUGAUUGCCAACAAGGGUUUUGCCACCAAGUACUAAGUCAUGUUUUGCAGAGGGGUCAAAUACUUAUUUCCCUCAUUAAAAUGCAAAUCAAUUUAUAACAUUUUUGACAUGCGUUUUUCUGGAUUUUGUUGUUGUUAUUCUGUCUCUCACUGUUCAAAUAAACCUACCAUUAAAAUUAUAGACUGAUCAUGUCUUUGUCAGUGGGCAAACGUACAAAAUCAGCAGGGGAUCAAAUAAUUUUUUCCCUCACUGUAUAUAGGCUACUGUAUCAAUCAAUCAUUCAUUCGUUCAUGUCAUCACACAGCAUAUGAGUCAUUCAUGAUUUGAAAUGCCAUAAAGCAUUUUAGUUUUAAAAGAAAAUAUCAAAGCGACCUCUGAAGAAUUCGCGUAAAAAAUAAAUAAACCGUUCCAUUUUGGAAAUUGCAUUCACGAAUGAAUGUGACUGUUUUUUGUCUUUGCUGUAUAAAGGCUUAACAAAAAAACUUUGGUAUGAUUAUAAUUGAUUUAGUGUAUACAUUGUUCCAAAUUGUCAGAGAAAUUAUAUUGUAAUCAAACAGCACCUGUUUGGCACACAUAAUAUGCACUCAGCGCUCCUUACCUUCUUUUUUUUAUCUCCAGUAUUUUCCACAACUAGUCAAAUUUAUUCCACACAUCUGACUCCCCCUUUACCUCCUGAGCAACCAGUAAACAUUCCCCCAUUUUGAGUUCAUUUCUCACGUCCUCUGCAUCCAUUUUGCUGUUAUGGUGUUGAGUUUGUUAUAACUAAUUUAUUGAUGUGAUUAUGAUAUGCUAUAGGACAGGCCCUAUUGGUCACGUGCAUGCGAUGCAUACAUGUGUCACGUAAAGAGAGCAAGGGUUGAGGGAAUAGGGAAUGUUUUUCCUAAACAAAUGAGGGAUUUCGGUAACAGAACAUUUCAGUCAGAAAUGGCUGUAAUUAUGUUGCAGCUUCAGCAACAAGGAUAGCGCGAUAAACACUUAUGUUCUGUGGUGGUCACCGCAGCAGGGAGGAGAGACAGACAACCUGUGCUAGUCACACAGUCACUCGCUGUCAUUUUUUUAACACAGCGCAGCAAGUCUGAGCCCGGCACAAUCAAAUCAAUUGCGGUCAGACUCCCUCUAGUCAUUUGUGUGUCUUAAUUAUUUCAUCAAACAGUGCGCGUAAAGCAUUAGACAAGCUCAGUCAGUGCAUAUAGUCGAUUUGAUUAAAACACAUAUGGUGUGUCUAUGUAUGGAAAAAUGCAUGUUUUAAAAUUUAGACCAAUCGAUUGGUCGAAAGAACGGACGACUUUUGGUCGACCAAGAUUUUAUUUUUGUCGGGGACAGCCCUAGUGUAUUAACCCCUUAUCUGUCUGGUGUGUGUCAGGAUGCUAAGAUCAACUCACUGGAGCGAGGUCUGAGGGACAUGGAGGAGGAGGUGAUGAUGUUGAAGUCCAACGGCCUGCUGAGCUGUGAGGAGAGACAGGAGGAGAUUAAACAGAUGGAAGUCUACCGCAGCCACACCAAGUUCAUGAAGAACAAGGUCAGAGGUCACUUCCCCUCAGUUGUCAUUGGUUAGAAUUCCAUUUCUAUCCGUUUACAAAUCAAAUGAAUUUUUUUUUGCCACAUGUGCCGCAUACAACCGGUGUAGACCUUACAGUGAAAUGCUUACUUACAUUGGUCGGACUUCAGUUCCCCUUGGUUCUGAGAGGUCAGAAGUUGGUUCAGUUCCUUCCAAUCAGCUCAAUAUCAAUCUGUUCUGUAGUUGUACAUGUUCUCUUCAUAUCCCUACCUUCCUCCUUCUGCUCAUCACCCUCUACCUCUCCUCUACCAUUCCUCUCUUCUCCCCUUUUUUGCUCUUAUUGUCCUCUUCCUCCACCUCUCCCUUCUCUUUCUCCUCUUCUCCUCCCUCUCUCUCACUCUCUUUCACUGUCUCAGAUGGACCAGGUGAAGCAGGACUUGUCCAGGAAGGACACAGAGCUGCUGGGUUUGCAGACCAAGCUGGAGACUCUGACCAACCAGUUCUCUGAUAGCAAGCAGCACAUCGAGGUCCUCAAGGAGUCUCUGACUGCUAAAGAACAACGAGCUGCCAUCCUACAGACAGAGGUACACACACAUAUAUUUCAGAACGAGCAAUAUAACUAUAUAUACUCUCUCACAGGCCAGUGUAUUAGGUACACAACCCCGUUCACGAAAAUGGAUUGCCCCUAUAGAGACAGUGAGUCAUGUGGCCGUGACUUGCUAUAUAAAGCAGGCAGACAGGCAUCAAGGCAUUCUUACUGUACGAUUGAACAGGCAAAGUGAGUGACCUAAGAAUGGGCAAAACGAGUGACCUAAAGCGACUUUGAGCGUGGUAUAAUCGUCAGUGCCAGGCAUGCCGGAUCCAGUAUCUUAGAAACGGCCGCCCUCCUGGGCUUUUCACACACGACAUUGCCUAGGGUUUACAGAGAAUGGUCAACCCUAGUCAGCGGCAGUCCUGUGGGCGAAAACAGCUUGUUGAUGAGAGCAGUGGAAGGAGAAUGGUAAGAAUCGUGCAAGCUAACAGGCGGGCUACAAACAGACAAAUAACGGCGCAGUACAACAGUGGUGUGCAGAACGGCAUCUCGGAACGCACAACAUGUCAAUCCUUGUCAUGGAUGGGCUAUUGCAGCAGAUGACCACACUGGGUUCCACUCCUAUUAGCUAAAAACAAGAAGAAGCGUCUCCAGUGGGCACACGAUCACCAACACUGGACAAUUGAGGAGUGGAAAAACAUUGCCUGGAACAUGAUCGUGAGUUCAGUUUACUUGAGUGGCCUGCGCAGUCCCCAGACCUCAACCCAAUACAGCAUCUUUGGGAUGAGAUGGAAUGGCUGUUCGCAGCAUGAAUGUACCGCCGUCCAAUCUGAAGCAACUGCGUGAUGCCAUUGCGUCAGCAUGGACCAACAUCCUUGUGGAACGUUUCUGACACCUUGUAGAAUGCCCCAAAUAAUUCAGGCUGUUCUGGAGGCAAAGGGGGGUCCGUCCCGGUACUUGAUGGGUGUACCUAAUACAAUGUACAGCGCGCACACACACAGACCCAGUAUACUGAGCUGUUCUCCUCUGCCCUCUACUGGCCAGGUGGAUGCAUUGCGUCUGCGUCUGGAGGAGAAGGAGACCACUCUGAACAAGAAGAGUAAACAGAUCCAGGAGAUGUCUGAGGAGAAGGGCACGCUCAACGGAGAGAUCCACGACCUCAAGGACAUGCUGGAGGUCAAGGAGCGAAAGGUCAACGUCCUGCAGAAGAAGGUGGGCCUCGACUAUAUAACACACUGUAUAAUACAAUGGGAUACAAUACCUCAUACUACGUCCUAUUUAGUAGGCGUUUUGUGUAUGUCUUUUGUCUAGCUCGCCUAAGUGUGUUUGUGUGUCCAGAUUGAGAACCUGCAGGAGCAGCUGAGAGACAAGGAGAAGCAAAUGAGCAGCCUGAAGGAGAGAGUCAAGUCUCUACAGGCAGACACCUCUAACACAGACACUGCUCUCACCACACUGGAGGAGUCCCUUGCUGAGAAGGUACACAGACACACACACAGACACACACACUCACACUCAGACUCCAACAGAGAGACACAAGCAAUGUGUGUCAUUUAAAGUCAUGCUGUUUCUGUCCUGGAUGUUUGUGGUUCUCUCAUAUGGGCUCUGAAAUUAUGUGACGAUGAUGUUGUUCUGUGCCUCCCCUCCUAUUCUCUCCUCUGUAGGAGCGUAUCAUUGAGCGUCUGAAGGAGCAGAGAGACAGAGACGACAGGGAGAAGACUGAGGAGAUCGACAGCAACAAGAAAGAACUGAAGGAUCUGAAGGAGAAAGUCAGUCUGCUGCAGGGAGAUCUGUCCGACAGAGAGGUGAACACGCGUGUACACACAUACACACACUGUAGUGACACUGACACAUUUAUUAACCCCACCCUCCCUCUCUCCAGACUAACCUGUUGGACCUGAAGGAGCAUGCGUCGUCCCUGGCCUCCUCAGGGCUGAAGAAAGACUCCAAGCUGAAGAGUAUGGAGAUCUCUCUGGAGCAGAGGAAGGAGGCGUGUCUCAAACUGGAGAACCAGCUCAAGAGGGUGAGAUAUUGGCCUUAGACACUGAUCUAAGGCUACCUUUGCUGUGAGUGUGUGUGUGUCUGACUGUGUGUGUGUGUCUGUUUCCAGGCACAGAAUGCGACGUUGGAGGCCAAGGCGAACACGGAGCUGUCGGAGCGCAUCACCUCCCUGGAGCGGGAAGUUACCCGACACCGAGAGGAUUCUGGGAAGGCUCAGGCGGAGGUGGACCGGCUGCUGGAGAUCCUGAGAGAGAUGGAGAACGAGAAGAAUGACAAGGACCGCAAGAUCAACGAGCUGGAGAGGUGUGUGUGUGUGGUGUGUGUGUGUGUGUGUUUGUGUAUCUUUCUGACUGUUUGUUUGUGUCUGACUCAUAGUCUCUGUAAACAGCAGUCUAACUAUAGAAAUGUGUAUGAGCUCCUACCUGGUCUAAUGUAUGUGUUUUCUUCUGAAAUACCACAUGGUCCUACUCUUCUCCUUCCACCUUCUCGUCUUCCUGCUCUCUGAAUCUGUUUCUCUCUCCUGCCUUGUCUUUUUGCCGGAACUCUCUGUCUCCUCUCCAGUCAGUCCUCCAGGUUAGUAACAUGUUUUCUACAUGGCCUCUAUGUACUGGCUUGACUUCCUCCCUCCCUUCUUCCCCCAUCCUCCCUCUCUCUUCUUCUCAAUUGCUUUUGCUCUCCCUCCCCUGCCCUCCCACUCUCACAUUCACCAGUCUCUUCACCCCGCUUCAUUUUCUCUUUCUCCCCCCUCUCUUUCUGUCUAACUCCCUCUCCCUUUGAUGCUUCAGUGGAAUGUGUGUAAGCCUAUGGGAAUGUGUGUAACCCAGUCCUCCUGUGUCCCAUGGUGCCCUCCAGACAGACCAAGGACCAGAGUAAGAAGGUGGCGUCUCUGAAACAUAAGGAGCAGGUGGAGAAGAGUAGGAACGCCCAACUGAAGAACGAAGCCAAAAAGAGAGAGGACAACAUCUCAGAGAGCUCUCAACAGGUCAAGGUGAGGCAUGGGGGGGGGUGGCUGUAUCGAUGUGUGCGACUAAUGUCAACACUCACAAAGAAAGCUCUCCUUGUUGCACUAAAUGUAGUUUGACAUCAAUAUCCUUAAUUGUCUUCCUCUACCUCUGUCUUCUCUCUUCCUCCUGUCGUCUUCUAUUCAUGUUCUUCUCCCCUCCAGGACUCUCUGCGGUUGAAGACGGAGCGUAUCGAGGAGUUAGAGGAGGCUCUGAGAGAGAGUGUUCAGAUCACAGCAGAGAGAGAGAUGGUGCUGGCACAGGAGGAGGCUGCCAGGAACCACCAGGAGAAACAGGUACGCACACACGCAACAGAAGUACACGCGCACUGGCACACACACGUACACGCACGUACCCGCCCACACAUACACACACACACUUGCAACACAAAUACACACUCAUGCAGUGGACACACACAUACCGCAAGCACAUGCACUCACUAAAAGAACACCUUGAGAAAGCGCACACACAUAUAUACACAUGUACAAAGCUACACAGACGGCUUCUAUCUCCUCUCCUUUCAGCCCUGCUGGCUACGUUUCACUCUCGCCCUGCCAUCCCUCCUUUUCUCCGUUUUCUUAUCUCUCAUUUUCUCCUGUUUUAUCUCUGCUACUCACUGCCUCUCAGAAGCACUCACACAAACCAAUGCAUGAGUCCAACCACGCCCACUUUAAGUGGUCUAAGGUAUGACAUAAUGUUGUAUUUCACCCUUUGGAUCAGUAGUAGCUCUUCAGACCAUAUUAUCAUUUUACCAUUUACCUACUAUUCACUUUGAAAUUACAUGGCGUCAACUAAACUUUCUGGUUAGAGCCUGACCUAUAUGUUUUUCUGGGGUCCAAUUCCGAUUUCUGGGGGGCAAAACGUACCGAUAUAUCUGCCGAUAUACUGUUUUAUAUCUGGGAAAUGAAAAAGUAUAUUUUUUCCACACUGAAUUCUCAUAAAUUGUCCAAUAUCUAUGCUUCAAAUGUUAAUUUCAUAUAUUGUGUUAAUAAUGACAGAUCAUGAGAAUGGCCGCAAGUGUUCAGAUAAGCAUGAGAUUCCCUUUUUUCAUCCUAUUUAUUGAAUAUCGGUUAUCGGUCAAUAACGAUUUUAUAGCGUUAAACGGCCAAUAUCGGCCGAUUUUAAUAUCGGUCGGGCUCUACUUCUGGUAUGUAUUUCUAGUAAUGCCAAUCUGUAACUAGUUGGUAACUAAUGAUACUAACAUACGUCUUGAUGGUAGUAUUUACAAUGCACCCCAGAUAAUUAAGUAGUUAUUAUUUAGCAAUAUUGAGUUGUACUGUUAACCAUGUGACUUCUAAGUAAAUGACAGGUAAAUGAAAGUACUACAGUGAAGUAGUAUAUUUAGUGCUGUUUAGAGCUGUCAUUGGAGCCCCUUGUUGUACAUCCAACUCCUCAGUGGGGUUGGGUCCAGAAACAAACCCUAGUCCGGGGAUCGGCAACAGGCAGCCCGCGGGCCAAAACCUGCCAGCGAGUGAUUUUUAAAACGUUUUCAGCUAAAAAUGAGAAUCUGUUCACCAGGUAUUCCCACUAAUAAAAAAAGAGACGUGUAAUCAAGGUAUGAAAUUAUUGUUAUUUUAAAAUACAAUCUCUUUUUGGGCUUAGUUGUGGUCAAUUCGCAGUGUACAAAUUAUUAUAAUUUUGUUCUGGCCCCCUGACUAGCUGCUCUGACAAAAUCCGACCAACAGCUGAAUUUAGUUGCCUAACCCUGUUCACCAUAUUGCUGGUCUAUAACCCGUCAAUCCGUUCAGAUUUACACUAGUGGCUAGGGUGUAAGGGCUAAUGCCUAGGGGUUAGGGGUUCUUUCUGGACAGAGACAUAUUUUCAAUAACAUACAACCUCUGAUGGCCCUCAAAAUGGGUCUGUACAGGAGGAAGGUUAUGUCUUUGAAUGAUGAACACGUCUCAUACAUUUUCACUCUCUCUACUUGUGUGUUUGUACUGUCUUCGUUCUAUGGUGCGUGUGUGUGUGUGUGUGUGUGGUGUGUGUGCAGAUUGAGGAGCUGCUGGGGGCCAUGGAGAAGGUGAAACAGGAGCUAGAGUCCAUGAGGGCCAAGCUGUCGUCUACCCAGCAGUCCCUGUGUGAGAAGGAGGCCCACCUGACCACGCUGAGGGUUGAACGCAGGAAACACCUGGAGGAGGUGCUGGAGAUGAAGUAAGACACACACAAACACACACUGUUUAAACACCGUUUCCAUUCCCCCCACUUUACCAAGUCACCAAACAUCUUACGGUCAGGUAAUGCUGUAAGACUCCAAGGUAAUCGAAUAUCAUGCACAGUGUAGAUGACUCAUUAUUCUAAAAUGCCACCCUGUAAUUCCUCCUCGGUGCAGACAGGAGGCGCUGCUGGCAGCCAUCAGUGAGAAGGACGCCAACAUCGCCCUGCUGGAGCUGUCCUCGUCCAAGAAGAAGAAGACCCAGGAUGAGGUGGCUCUGCUGAAGAGAGAGAAGGACCGUCUGGUACAACAGCUCAAACAGCAGGUAGGGAAAACUCCCUCGUCACGUGACCUGGGUCCGGCCACUGUGACAUUAGAGAUGUAUUUCAAUAAUGCUAAGUCACUUCCUCUACUCAUCUCCUCUCCUUCACCUGAAAUAGGGAGAGACUAAACAGACCUCCAAUCGUUUAUACAUAUAGCUAUUGACUUUGCAGCGAGUGUCAAAAUCAAAAGAGUAGGCAGCCUUAAACUCCUCUUGGCACAGCUGCCUGCUCAAUGCACCAUGAAUAUGCUGGUCAAAAACGUUCCUUAAGUCUCUCUCCCUGAAAUCCUUUCCACAUUCUCCUCUCUUCCCCCUUUCUCCUCCGUCCUCCAUCUUUCUCGCUCUCCCAGACUCAGAACCGUAUGAAGCUAAUGGCAGACAACUAUGAGGACGACCACCUGAAGACCGCCCCCGACCAGACCAAUCACAAACCUUCUCCAGAUCAGGUGGGUACCCAGUCAACCAAACAGAAUCCUAUAUUUUGCACUCAAAGGCUAUCUCUAGAUAAAAUGUGUUAUUGUGAUAACAUGUGCAGCUUAACCAGAAUAUACUUUCUUUCUCCAGUAUAUGAAUUUAUGUCAACUGUCUUUCUGUCCCUGAAGUGAAAUUGAAUCAUCACUCCUAAUACAGUGAGGGAAAAAGUAUUUGAUCCACUGCUGAUUUUGUACGUUUGCCCACUGACAAAGAAAUGAUCAGUCUAUAAUUUUAAUUGUAGGUUUAUUUGAACAGUGAGAGACAGAAUAACAACAAAAAAAUCCAGAAAAACGCAUGUCAUGAAUGUUAUAAAUUGAUUUGCAUUUUAAUGAGGGAAAUAAGUAUUUGACCCCCUCUCAAUCAGAAAGAUUUCUGGCUCCCAGGUGUCUUUUAUACAGGUAACAGGCUGAGAUUAGGAGCACACUCUUAAAGGGAGUGCUCCUAAUCUCAGCUUGUUACCUGUAUAAAAGACACCUGUCCACAGAAGCAAUCAAUCAAUCAGAUUCCAAACUCUCCAUCAUGGCCAAGACCAAAGAGCUCUCCAAGGAUGUCAGGGACAAGAUUGUAGACCUACACAAGGCUGGAAUGGGCUACAAGACCAUCGCCAAGCAGCUUGGUGAGAAGGUGACAACAGUUGGUGCGAUUAUUCGCAAAUGGAAGAAACACAAAAUAACUGUCAAUCUCCCUCGGCCUGGGGCUCCAUGCAAGAUCUCACCUCGUGGAGUUGCAAUGAUCAUGAGAACGGUGAGGAAUCAACCCAGAACUACACGGGAGGAUCUUGUCAAUGAUCUCAAGGCAGCUGGGACCAUAGUCACCAAGAAAACAAUUGGUAACACACUACGCCGUGAAGAACUGAAAUCCUGCAGCGCCCGCAAGGUCCCCCUGCUCAAGAAAGCACAUAUACAGGGCCGUCUGAAGUUUGCCAAUGAACAUCUGAAUGAUUCAGAGGAGAACUGGGUGAAAGUGUUGUGGUCAGAAGAGAUCAAAAUGGAGCUCUUUGGCAUCAACUCAACUCGCCGUGUUUGGAGGAGGAGGAAUGCUGCCUAUGACCCCAAGAACACCAUCCCCACCGUCAAACAUGGAGGUGGAAACAUUAUGCUUUGGGGGUGUUUUUCUGCUAAGGGGACAGGACAACUUCACCGCAUCAAAGGGAUGAUGGACGGGGCUAUGUUUUUUUUUUGUUAUUCUGUCUCUCACUGUUCAAAUAAACCUACCAUUUAAAAUUAUAGACUGAUCAUGUCUUUGUCAGUGGGCAAACGUACAAAAUCAGCAGGGGAUCAAAUACUUUUUUCCCUCACUGUAUAAACAAUUUAAUCUUUCUUCAGCACCUAAACCUAAGUGUUCUCUCUCGCACUCUUUGUUCUGUCUCGUGCACACACACUAACCAAGUGUUAUUUUCUAAUGCUGCGAUUGGCUAAACCAUCUGUCCAAUAGGAUGAUGAGGAGGGUAUCUGGGCAUAGCCAACCCUGUGCCCUCCUCCCCUCUCUCUCUCUGCCAAUUUGUUCAGAAGGGUGAGCACGAAUGAACGUCAGUCAUCUGUCCAUUCUUCACCUCCUCCCUGGCAUGUUUGCUCUUAUUCCAUCGUUCAGUGUGUUCGUUCUGCUCCUCCAUUUUGUUUUGUCAUCUUUCUCUCCUCUCACCAUUUUAAGUUGGUGUGUCUGUGAACAACUGAGUCAUUCAAAUAGUCAGACACACACACAGCAGGACACACUUCUGUCCCACAUACCAUACUCCACAAUCCCAUCUCCUUAAUGCAUGUGAGAUGCAGCCUUAUUCUUCCUCCUUCUGCAUGCUCCAUGCUUUUGGUUUAGCAUGGUUUAGCCUCUGAAAACACACUGGGACCUAAUGAAAUGACAUUUUUCUCUCUCUUCCUUUAUCCAACUGGUUCCUUCAUUUAUUUCUCCCCUCCCUCUCCCCCCUUCCCCCUGUCCCAUCCAGAUGAUCCCACCUCUCCUGUCCCUGAGUGAAAAUCGCAGUAAGCUGAAGCUCUACAUCGACCACCUGACUGACCUCUGCCACGACCGAGACCCCAGCAUCCUCAGUGACCUGACCCCGCCCCUCCACUAUCACCACACCAACCCACCAGCCUGGGAGGAGGAGCUACACAAGUUGACUCUGGAGCAGGUAACAGAGGAAUAGUCAGAGUCGGUAUUUAAUGUCAUAAGAAGGAAUUCCUCUCGACCACGCCCACCAUUUGGGGAAAACCAAACAUUCUUUCCCAUUGACCGUCAUUGUAAAAGAGCCAACUUCGUCAUAGAUUUUUUGUUAUACAGAAAUACCAAAACAUGCCGAAAAGCUGCUGUGUUGUUCAAUGUACAUGUAACCUGGUAAAAUCUCGGAAUCUACGGUUCGCAAUGCUUCCAUGUAGGGAAAUGGAGCCUGCGAGAAGAGCCCCGUGUAGCUCAGUUGGUAGAGCAUGGCGCUUGCAACGCCAGGGUUGUGGGUUUGAUUCCCACGGGGGGCCAGUAUGAAAAAUAAAAUAUGUAUGCACUCACUAACUGUAAGUCGCUCUGGAUAAGAGCGUCUGCUAAAUGACUGAAAUGAAAUGUAAAUGUAAGAGCCCUGUGGCUUCAGGCUUUUCGGUGUGGAAGUAUUCAUACCCCUUGAUUUAAUCCACAUUUUGUUGUUAUAGCCUGAAUUCAAAAUGUAUUAAAUAGAUUAUUAUGUUUUUAGAAAUGAUUGAACAUUUUAGGAAAAUGAAAUACAGAAAUAUCUCAUUUACAUAAGUAUUCACACCCCUGAGUCAAUACUUUGUAGAAGCAACUUUGGCGGCGAUUACAGCUUUGAGUUGUCUUGGGUGUGUCUGUAUCAGCUUUUCACAUCUGGAUUUGGGGAAUUCCCUUGCAGAUUUUCUCAAGCUCUGUUAAGUUAUACGGUGCCUUCGGAAAGUAUUCAGACCCCUUGACGUUUUCCACAUUUUGUUAAGUUAGAGCCUUAUUCUAAAAUGGAUUAAAUAAAUACAAAUCCUCAGCAAUCUACACACAAUACCCCAUAAUGACAAAGUGAAAACAGGUUUUUAGAAAUGUUUGCAAAUGUAUUAAAAACUAAAAACAGAAACACCUUAUUUACAUAAGUAUUCAGACCCUUUGCUAUGAGACUCGAAAUUGAGCUCAGGUGCAUCCUGUGUCCAUUGAUCAUCCUUGCGAUGUUUCUACAACUUGAUUGGAGUCCACCUGUGGUAAAUUCAAUUGAUUGGACAUGAUUUGGAAAGAAACACACCUGUCUAUAUAAGGUCCCAUAGUUGACAGUGCAUGUCAGAGCAAAAACCAAGCCAUGAGGUCGAAUUAAUUGUCCGUAGAGCUCCGAGACAGGAUUGCAUCGAGGCACAGAUUUGGGCAAGUGUACCAAAACAUUUCUGCAGCAUUGAAGGUCUCCAAGAACACAGUGGCCUCCAUCAUUCAUAAAUGGAAGAAGUUUGGAACCACCAAGACUCUUCUUAGACCUGGCCACCUGGCCAAACUGAGCAAUCGGGAGAGAAGGGCCUUGGUCAGGGAGGUGACCAAGCACCCGAUGGUCACUCUGACAGAGCUCCAGAGUUCCUCUGUGGAGAUGGGAGAACCUUCCAGAAGGACAACCAUCUCUGCAGCACUCCACCAAUCAGGCCUUUAUGGUAGCAUGGCCAGACAGAAGCCACUCCUCAGUAAAAGGCACAUGACAGCCCGCUUGGAGUUUGUCAAAAGGCACCUAAAAUUGAACUCUUUGGCCUGAAUGCCAAGCCUGGCACCAUCCUUAUGGUGAAGCAUGGUGGUGGCAGCAUCAUGCUGUGGGGAUGUUUUUCAGCGGCAGGGACUGGGAGACCAGUCAGGGUCGAGGCAAAGAUGAACAGAGCAAAGUACAGAGAGAUCCUUGAUGAAAACCUGCUCCAGAGCGCUCAGGACCUCUGACUGGGGCGAAGGUUCACCUUCCAACAGGACAACGACCCUAAGCACACAGCCAAGACCGCAGGAGUGGCUUCGGGACAGGUCUCUGAAUGUCCUUGAGUGGCCAAGCCAGAGCCCGGACUUGAACCCAAUCGAACAUCUUUGGAGAGACCUGAAAAUAGAGGAUCUGCAGAGAGGAAUGGGAGAUACUUGUUCUGAAGCCAUUCCAGCGUUGCUUUGGCUGUGUGCUUGGGGUCAUUGUCCUGUUCGAACAUAAAUCUUCGCCCCAGUCUGAGGUUGUUUGCACUCAGAAGCAGGUUCUCAUCAAGGAUUUGCCUGUAUUUGGCUCCAUUCAUUGAUCCCUCUAUCCUUACCAGUCUCCCAGUCCCUGCCGCUGAAAAGCAUCCCCAUAGCAUGAUGCUGCUACCACCAUGCUUCACGGUAGGGAUGGUGUUAGACGGGUGAUUAGUUGUGCCUGGUUUUCUCCAGACAUAGUGCUUUGCAUUCAGGCCAAAGAGUUACAAUUUUGUCUCAUCAGACCACAGAAUAUUUUGCCUUAUGAUCUGUCUUUCACGUGCCUUUUUGCAAACUCCAGGCGUGCUGUCAUGUGCCUUUUUAUCAGGAGUGGCUUCCGUCUGGCCACUGUCCCAUAAAGCCCAGAUUGGUGAAGUGCUGUAGACUGUCCUUCUGGCAGGUCCUCCCAUCUCAGCCUAGGAACUCUGAAGUUCUGUCAUUGGGUUCUUGGUCACCUCCCUACAGGUCCUUCUUGGCCGGUUGCUCAGUUUGGUGGAACGGUCAGCUCUAGGCAGAGUCUGGGUAGUUAGAUAUUUUUUCCCAUUGAUGGAGACCACUGUGUUUUUGGAACCGUUCAACACUCUAGAAAUAGUUUUAUACCCUUCCCCAGAUAUAUGCCUCAUCACAAUACUAUAUUGGCGAUCUAAGGACAGUUCCUUGGACUUCAUGGUAUAGUUUCUGCUCUGACAUGCACUGUCAACUGUGGUACCUUAUAUAGACAGGUGUGUUUCUUUCUAAAUCAUGUCCAAAUAAUUGAUUUGGGUCAUAGGUGGACUCCAAUCAAGUUGAAGUGAUAUCUCAAGGAUGAUCAAAGGAAAUUGGAUGCACCUGAGCAAAAUUUUGACUGUCAUAGCAAAGGGGUGUGAAUACUUAGGUAAAUGUAAUAUUUCAUUUUCAAUACAUUUGCAAAAAUGUAUUUAAAAAAUAAUGUGCUUUGUCAUUAUGGGGUAUUGUGUGUAGAUGGGUGAGAGAGAAAAAAUAUAUUUAAUCAAUUUUGAAUUCAGACUGUAACACAACAAUGUGGAAUAAGUUGAGGGGUAUGAAUACUUUCUGAAGUAAUCUUUCCAACAAUUGUUUACAGACAGAUUAUUUCACUUAUAAUUCACUGUAUCACAAUUCCAGUGGGUCAGAAGUUUACAUACACUAAGUUGUAUGUGCCUUUAAACAGCUUUAAACAGAAAAAUGGUCUGGUUCAUCCUUGGGAGCAAUUUCCAAACGCCUGAAGGUACCACGUUCAUCUGUACAAACAAUAGUACGCAAGUAUAAACACCAUGAGACUACGCAGCCGUCAUACCGCUCAGGAAGGAGACAUGUUCUGUCUCCUAGAGAUGAACGUACUUUGGUGCGAAAAGUACAAAUCAAUCCCAGAACAACGGCAAAGGACCUUGUGAAGAUGCUGGAGGAGACAUGUACAAAAGUAUCUAUAUCCACAGUAAAACAAGUCCUAUAUCGACAUAACCUGAAAGGCCGCUCAGCAAGGAAGAAGCCACUGCUCCAAAACCGGCAUAAAAAAGCCAGACUACAGUUUGCAACUGCACAUGGGGACAAAGAUCGUACUUUUUGGAGAAAUGUCCUCUGGUCUGAUGAAACAAAAAUAGAACUUUUUGGCCAUAAUGACCAUCAUUAUGUUUGAAGGAAAAAGGGGGAUAACUUGCAAGCUGAAGAACAUCAUCCCAACCGUGAAGCACGGGAGUGGCAGCAUCAUGCUGUGGGGGUGCUUUGCUGCAGGAGGGACUGGUGCACUUCACAAAAUAGGUGGCAUCAUGAGGAAGGGAAAAUUAUGUCGAUAUAUUGAAGCAACAUCUCAAGACAUCAGUCAGGAAGUUAAAGCUUGGUCGCAAAUGGGUCUUCCAAAUGGACAAUGACCCAAAGCAUACUUCCAAAGUUGUGGCAAAAUGGCUUAAGGACAACAAAAUCAAGGUACUGGAGUGGCCAUCACAAAGCCCUGACCUCAAUCCUAUAGAACAUUUGUGGGCAGAACUGAAAAAGCGUGUGCGAGCAAGGAGGCCUACAAACCUGACUCCGUUACACCAGCUCUGCCAGUAGGAAUGGGCCAAAAUUCACCCAACUUAUUGUGAGAAGCUUGUGGAAGGCUACCUGAAACGUUUGACCUAAGUUAAACAAUUUAAAGGCAAUGCUACCAAAUACUAAUUGAAUGUAUGUAAACUUCUGACCCACUGGGAAUGUGAUGAAAUAAAUAAAAGCUGAAAUAAAUCAUUCUCUCUACUAUUAUUCUGACAUUUCACAUUCUUAAAAUAAAGUGGUGAUCCUAACUGACUUAAGACAGGGAAUUUUUACUAGGAUUAAAUGUCAGGAAUUGUGAAAAACUGAGUUUAUAUGUAUUUGGCUAAGGUGUAUGUAAACUUCCGACUUCAACUGUACUUUUCUUAAAUGUAUACUGAACAAAAAUAUAAAUGCAACAUGCACACAUAUAAAAUAUAAACGCAACAUGCAACAAAUUCAAAGAGUUACAGUUCAUAUAAGGAAAUCAGUCAAUAUAAAUAAAUAAAUUAGGCCCUAAUCUAUGGAUUUCACAUGACUGGGAAUACAGAUAUUCAUCUGUUGGUCACAGAUAUGUUAAGAAAGGUAGGGGUGUGGAGCAGAAAUCCUGUCAGUAUCUGGUGUGACCACCAUUUGCCUCAUGCAGCGUGACACAUCUCCUUUUGCAUAGAGUUGAUCAGGCUGUUGAUUGUGGCCUGUGGAAUGUUGUCCCACUCCUCUUCAAUGGCUGUGCGAAGUUGCUGGAUAUUGGCAGGAACUGGAACACGCUGUCGUACAUGUUGAUCCAGAGCAUCCCAAACAUGCUCAAUGGGUGACAUGUCUGAGUAUGCAGGCCAUGGAAGGACUGAGACAUUUUCAGUUUCCAGGAAUUGUGUACAGAUCCUUGCGACAUGAGGCUGUGCAUUAUCAUGCUGAAACACGAGGUUAUGGUGGCGGAUGAAUGGCAAGAUAAUGGUCCUCAGGACCUUAUCACGGUAUUUCUGUGCAUUCAAAUUGCCAUAGAUAAAAUGCAAUUGUGUUCAUUGUCCGUAGCUUAUGCCUGCCCAUACCAUAACUCACCACCACCAUGGGGCACUCUGUUCACGACGUUUGACAUCAGAAAACCGCUCGCCCACACGAUACCAUACAUGUGGCCUGCGGUUGUGAGGCCGGUUGGACGUACUGCCAAAUUCUCUUAAACGACAUUGGAGGUGGAUUAUGGUAGAAAAAUGAACAUUCAAUUCUCUGGCAACAGCUCUGGUGGACAUUCCUGCAGUCAGCAUGCCAAUUGAAUGCUCCGUCUACUUGAGACAUCUGUGGCAUUGUGUUGUGUGACAAAACUGCACAUUUUAGAGUGGCCUUUUUGUUGUCCCCAGCACAAGGUGAACCUGUGUAAUGAUCAUGCUGUUUAAUCAGCUUCUUGAAAUGCCACACCUGUCAGGUGGAUGGAUUAUCUUGACAAAGGAGAACUGCUCACUAACAGGGACGUAAACAGAUUUGUGCACAACAUUUUAGAGAAAUAAGCUUUUUGUGGGUAUGGAAAAUGUCUGGUAUCUUUUUAUUUCAGCUCAUGAAACAUGGUGUGUUUAUAUUUUUGUUCAGUGUAGUUUUGUAAUUGACUUAAACCAGCAGACAACAAAAAAAAUUUGUGAGCCAAUAGGCGUGGCUUAACGUGACCACGCCCCUGAGUAGGGUACAGCCGUAGGGUACUCCCAUUACUCCUAUGUAAUUAGUCUAACUUUGGCAGCAUCCUAAGGAAACACUGACACUUUUUGUCGUUUCAGUAAACAAUUUCUGCAGCCUCACGUGUCAUUAUUAACAUACUUGGCUGUCACAACAGCAAAUUAUAGUCUUAGAUAUGUCGCAUAACAACUUCCAGUCUUUACCUGCCCUUGAACGGUCUAGGUAUUUAGAAAAGUUGAUUCUUGUUGUCUUGCCUAUAUGUUCUUUCAACUUGCCAGAGACCAGCUGGGGAGACAACCCUACCAAAUGGCCCGAAGUAGCCUAUGGCGAAUCCCACCUACUUGGUGGAAUCUCCAGUUUUGCAUAAAUAUCCAAAUGCAGAAGGAUAUUUUAGCUGUUAUUUGGAUGGAUACAGCUCACUAGUCCUUACUACAAGCUAACUAGCCACGUUUAUGCAAUACACAUAGCUAGUUUGAUACAAACAAGUGUUAGCGACCAGUGAUGAAGUGCUUUGAACACACAAAAAUGUAUAGAGUAACCAGACCCACAGCUUUCCAUUAUCAUUGUGACGUAAUAGCCUGAAACCGUGAGGUUCGUCUAACCUGGUCCUUGGGCAGUUGAUUAAACUUAAUUUGGUGUUCUUUUUCUCCAACUAUUGUUCAAACAAAAUGAUACGCAACAGCCUUUCGGCAUCUUAAAAGCAGGGCUAGCUAGUUUGAAUGUUUGUUGGAAUCGUCCCUUUGGCUGAUAAUUGUGACAUACAUUCAUUGCCACAGUCUAUCUGUUCAUGCUAACAUUUUUACGUUUAGAAUGAAAGUGUUUUUAGGUAUGAUGUAGUUUGUUGAUUUAAGAUGACAUAAGUAUGUUAAAAAUGACCAACCAAGCAUAUCCAAAAUGUUUAUAAACUCAUACAUAAAAAAUAAUACAGCCGUUGUCGGGUUAUGAGUAAAGUAUGCCAUUUAUCAUAGGAGUAACGGGAGUACCCUACGGCUGUACCCUACUCGGGGCCGUGGUCACGUUAAGCCCUGCCUCGCUGUGUGUAUCUAUGGGGUAACCCCGGGUUGUUUUCCACACAGGCGGCGGGGGCCGCAACAUUCUAUUUAAUACCAACUGGGAUUAUCCCUUCCUCUAGUGUUCUCUCUCUCUUGUUCCCUCUGUCUGUCUCUUGCCCUCUUUAUCGUUCUGCGCUCUGUUAUCUCACUCUUAACAGGAAUGAGUACAGUUUUGAUUUGCCUCAAGAAAAAAUAGGGGUGGGGUUGGAGAAGUAUGCUAACUCAUUAUCUCUCUCUCCCUUAGUUGGAACUGGAGUUGGAGUUGUGUGAAAAGGAGAGCGGGGAGCUGCAGGAGUAUGCCAACUCAGUGCUGCAGCAGAUCGCUGACUACUGCCCUGACAUCCUGGAGCAGGUGGUCAAUGCGCUGGAGGAGUCCUGCUGA